AUGGUAUGGGUCGGAGCGUGCGCCAGUGAAAAAACUCCGCUCGGGUUCGUCGGUCCCGGUGUGAAGACUACGCCAGGCGCACUUCAAAAACCAGUCUGGGUAUUUCAGCAAAACUCCGUUCCCGCGCACAAGUCGCGGAAGACCCAGGCUUGGUGCGAGACCAAGCCGCCGAUCCCUGCCAGUGAGUGGUCCGUCCGUUUCCCCAACCUCAACCCGUUGGAUGCCCGGUGUGGUCGGCGCUCGAGCACAAGGCCUGUCCCAGUCGCCACAGAAGUAUCGACUUGAUCGUGUUGACUUUGAAGAAUGCGUGGGAUGAAAUCGACGUUAGAUACUUGCGGUCCACCAUCGUGCCCUCUAAGCGUCUGAAGGCUGUCGUGAAGGCUUGA